AUGUUGGCGCGCACCGGCUGAACGCAGCGCUGUCCCGGCGGUGCUCGUGUGCGUGUGUCUGCGUGUGCGCGUGUGCGUAUACGUGUGUGUGUGUAACUCGCCUCCGCUCUGUCCCGGGAUGAGACUUGACCAUCAGCUGUGAGACGGGGUCCAUUAUUGGGAGCGGGGACACGUCGCACACACCUGCGGAUGGAUGGAAAUAGAUGGAGGAACUUGCGCCGCAGCCGCCGUCGCCGCACUCGACCGAUUGCUUCACCUCCUCUCGUGGUCCACGGGGGAGCGCGCUUGUAAGCUGAUUUAACCCGGGGGAUGUGAAUACCUCUCCGGGAUUAGAAGGUUAUUGGGUGAACGACAAUGCCCCGCGGCUCGAUCCGGCACUCCCGGCUAUUGUUCGUGCGGCGGCGGACGCACGGUGCCCGGUCUCCCCCGGUUCAUCUCCAGCGGCUGUAGCUGCCCCUGCGCCUCGUCGAGCUCCCGGUGUGGAUAGGAUAAUAUGACUUCCUGGCUGCGCACGUACGGCAGCGUCCCUCUGUGUCUCCUGCUCUGCUGCUUGGUGGUCGCGGUCUGCGCACAAGCCUCCGGUGCCGGUGACAGUGUGUGUUGGUCUCCUAGUAUCACUUCUUGCACAGAGUGUCUCAGCCGUGGACCACAGUGUGCCUGGUGCUUCAAAGAGGACUUUCUGGAUGGGGCAGGCCCGAGCCAGCGUUGCGACCUGCCAGUGAAGCUGCUCAGGAGAGGCUGCGAAGCGGAGUUCAUGGAGCAGUCAGAGAUCAAGGUGGAGGUCAACGCCACCAUCAGCAGCACGCAAGUGUCCCCACGAGACAUCAGCAUCACCCUCAGACCAGGUUCAAAGGCCAGCCUCGUUGUGGCCGUGAAGCAGCUGGAGCGUUAUCCUGUGGAUCUGUAUUACUUGGUUGAUGUGUCGGCGUCUAUGCAGGAAAACCUUGAUCAUCUGAAGACAGUGGGCGUAGCUCUGUCUCUUCGCAUGACGGAGCACUCCUCAGACCUUUGGCUGGGUUUCGGCUCCUUUGUGGACAAACCCGUCUCCCCUUACAUCAACGUCCAUCCCUCCAAGAUCAACAACCCCUGCAGUGACUAUGAGAUCCGCUGUCGUCCAGCCCACGGCUUCCACCACGUCCUGAGCAUGACGGGCAACAUGAGCGAGUUCACGCGUGUGAUCAAACGCCAGCGCAUCUCCGGAAACAUGGACACACCUGAGGGAGGACUGGAUGCCAUGCUGCAAGCUGCCGUAUGCCAGAGAGCAGUGGGUUGGAGACCCGAGGCCAAGCGUCUGUUGCUCCUGAUGACCGACCAGCCGUCUCACCUGGCGCUGGACAGCCGGCUGGCAGGGAUUGUCACGCCACACGACGGCCUGUGUCACCUGGAAAACAGCGUCUACACGGGGAGCACUAGGCUGGACCACCCCAGCGUGGGUCAGCUGUCUGAUAAGCUGCUGGAAAACCACAUCUACUCCAUCUUCGCUGUGGAGAAGCAGCAGUACCAGUGGUACGAGGAGCUGGUCCGCCUGCUGCCCGGCUCCUACCUGGGAAAGUUAGGCCUCUUCCAGGCUCCAAACCUUAUAGAGCUGGUGGUGGACGCAUACAAGAGGUUGUUGUCGGAGGUGGAGGUGUCCGUGUCAGUGGAGGACAAGGCAGUCAGCAGGUACUGGGUGUCUGUGUCUCCUCUGUGUCCUGAUGGAGCCACUGCGAAGGGGCAGAGCUGCUCGGGGGUGCAGCCCAACCAGACGGUCUACUUCAACAUCACCAUCGGCCUGCACUCUUGUCCCGAUGAUGGUGAAGAUGAAGAUGUAACAGUGUUGGUUCACCCUGUGGGCUACAACGAAUCCACCGUGGUUAGGAUCCACUCUAAAUGUCGCUGCAGUUGCGGACCAACAAAGCGCUGCAAUGAUGACAGCCAGUCGGCGUGCAGCGGCACACCAGACAGCCCCAGUCAGGAGCAGGGGCUGGAUCAGGGACUAAUCAAGGACUCAGACAGAGAUUCAAACUGGAAUUGCAGAGCAGCUGGGUCUGAUGUGGACUGCAGUGGUCGGGGAGUGUGUGAGUGUGGGAGGUGUGUGUGUGAGCAGAGCAAGCUUGGGGCGGUGUAUGGGAAGUACUGCGAGAUAGACGACUUCUCCUGCCUGUACGAAGGGGGGCUGCUCUGCGGAGGGCGGGGUGAGUGUGUGUCAGGUGAGUGCGUGUGCGAGCAUGGUUGGACAGGUGAUAGCUGUGGCUGUCCCGUCUCCACAGCAACCUGCCAAUCCGCCAACGGCUUGCUCUGCAGCGGGAGGGGCAGUUGUGUGUGCGGCAAGUGUGUGUGUGACGACCCCCGGCACUCUGGAGACUUCUGUGAGAGAUGCCCCGCUUGCCAGAGCACCUGCCAAUCAUACUGGAAGUGUGUGGACUGCCACCUGUCUCACGGCCUCACACAAAAAGAGGGAGGGCGCUGCAACAACACCUGCGCCCCACUGGUGGGCUACAUGGAUGAUGUGUCAGGUCAAGCAGGCGAGAUGUGGAUUCAGUGUAUGUACAUCAGUAACGACAGCUGUCGCUAUCGCUUUCAAACAAGCUCACAGUCCGGUCAGACCCAGCUUCACAUUAGCACCAGACCAGAGUGCGCCAGCAGCAGUCGGAUGGUAGGAACAUUCCUGAGUGUGUGUGCUCUGACGGUGCUGUGCGGCCUUGUGGUGGUGGCCGUGUCCCGGCUGCUGCUGCAGAAGAGAGUCAGGUCACCAGGGGGCACUGCUGAAGACGGAGGCUAUCACUGCACUGGAAAGGACCUGUCAUACAUCCCCACGACCAAUGAGAAGACAGUCACCUACAGGAGGGACCGUCCGCCUGAGCGCCCAGUGGAAAUGCACAUCCAAGUUCCCAAGAUGCCCCUUGGUGACCCCUGGCAGUACUAGACAGAGGUCAAAGGUCAAGGUCAGAAGGAAGUUAGAAGAGACAAAUUGAAGGACAGUCGACUAAAGGCUUCUUUUCUGCCUCUUAACCUUCAUAAAAUGUUCACCAGCUGUAUCUGGAGACUCUGAUACUGGUAAACUUAACUAUGAAACCUCCAUGGGAUUACAUUUGUAAAAUGACCCAACCAAACUCAAACAGGCUGUGUGACUAAUGUGGCCAGUACCCUGGAAAUGGAGACAAAACAAAGAGCACAAAGUCCCCCACCUCUUCUUCCUUAGUAGCAGCAGGGAGGCUGCUUCUUCCAGGGUAAAGGGUGAUCAUUCCUCGCUUUUUAGCCAUACAGCAAUUACUGCUCUAACUUAUGGGCGUGUGUGUGUGUGUGUGUGUGUGAGAGAGAGAGAGAGAGAGAGAGAGAGAGUGCAGUGCAGGUACAAGCAUUCCUGCUCUAUCUAGGCUUUCUAUUUAUGAUUUUAUAGUAAAAACACUACAGGUUUUAGGUUUAUGUGAUUGUGUGACACUCCAACUGUGCUAACUCCCUGUCUUAGUCUGCCCCCCUGUGGCCAGCUUCAGGUAUGGCAAGUUUUUCUCCAUUACUGACCUCAGCUGUAUUCCCUUUGGAUUUAAUUCUUGAAGCAUGCCAAUGACUCUGAAUGCCUUUUUAUUUUUGCUUUCUAAGUUGAUCACAUUUCCAUUCAUUUGUGGCGUCUUCGAGUGUUUUUCAUUUCUUUGUUGCAUUUUGUUUUUGUUAACCGAUGAACUGUGUUGCAAAUUAUUGUUAUUUUAUGGCAUUUUACCAUCGUGAUAAGUGAGAAUAUAGUUUCAUAUGAUUGUCAGUUAAUCUGAUUAGACUUGCACUAGAACAACUGUUUUGCAUUAUACUACUGAAAACUGAGGGGCGCAGGAGAGCUGUACUGGUGGUCUUGAAACGAUCGGUUGCUAUAUGUUGGGCAUUAGAGGGCAUCGACGCAUUAAGAGCAUCUGAAGCUAAUGUAACAAAUCUCACAACACUGGAAUAACAAUAGACUGAAAAUUCAUAUAUAAAAAUGAGAAAUACUGAUCAUUACCCUGCAACUGAAUCAUCGAACACCUGUGGCCUCUACAACAGAGAGAGAACCAGAACUCUGUCUGCAUGUAUCUGCUAAUCAUCCCAGAGCCAUUACUACCCAGACUGACAAGUUCAGACUCUGAGAGCAGCUCCUGUACAAAGGUACAAGUCAGCUGUGAAGGUACUGAGAUCAGGGGUGGAGAUCCACCUCAUACAGUGCCAGUUGCAUGGCAUCUUGUUAGACUUUUGCUUGCCCAAACCUGUUCCUCUUUUUGAACUGUACUUAACACAAUAUUGUUUACAGCAAUACCUGCUCUAUUUUACUGUGAGUCAGGAACACUAAUUAUUAUUUAUUGUGAUUUUUUUCCCUUUGUAUUUAUGUUAAUUGUUCUAUUUUAUGAUAAGGCUACUUGAGUUACAGGUAGUGAGUACUGUUUGUGUUCAUGAGGAGCGGUCUCUAUCUCUAAUCAUGAGAAUAACUCAGCAAUAAGGUAAUAAUCAUCUCAUCGAACCGGACACUGAGUUCGGGGUAACAACAGCACUUUUCUGUGUAGUUUUGCUGCCAAUUAAUGUGACUAGUUGUGUAGCAUGAAUAUUUUCAUCAAAAUAAAAUGU